CCUGAGUGAGAAGAUGACGUUGAUAGUAUGGGAGAGACCUUGGUGUGAAGGAGACUGGGUGUGCGUGAGAGACAGGCGCCCUAGACCAGGAGGGGGGAGAGAGAGAGAGAGAGAGGGCGCGCGCGGGCGUGUGUGUGUGUGUGUGUGUGUGUGAGAGAGAGAGAGAGAGACCCAGAAGGUGUGAGAGCCUGAGUGUGAGGGUGACUCCACAAGUGUGGGAGAGGCUGAGAGUGUGAGGGACACUGUGGUGAGUCCCUGAGUGCAGUGCUGACUGUGUGAGAGACGGGGAGAUACUGGAGGCUGAGUGUGAUGAGAAGGAGAACCUGGGCUGUGAGAAACUGCAAGUGCAAGGCUCUGUCCCGCAGGAUCAGAGCUUCCGGGGAUGCUGCGAGAUUUUCUAGGGCCCGCCCGAGCUUGCAGGGCUGGCCUGUUGGUGCUAGGGAACCGGGUGCUCCUGCUGUGAUGGCUCUCUCUCGUGUCUUCAUGUCCUGUCACCUUGUUUGAUCAUCUCAUGUUAUAAAUGGAAGGAGAUAUUUGUAAAACAUUCUGAGAAUUCUUCACUAAGCACUGAGCAAACAGUCUGGGUACCACAUUGUGUAAUGAUCAGUAUAAAUUGGAAUCAAUAUUUAACAUGUUUUUGAGUACCUCUUGUGUGCACUGGGCUGUGUGCUUGGUGACACAGUUCAAAAGAAUUAGGUCUCUGCCCUUGAUGGGGGGGAAAAAAGCACUGCCAGCAAAUCUAGCAUCGCGGUAGCCGAAUGCUCAGCCAUCUGGUGCUUCUCUGAGAGCUGCUCUCUGAUUUGAAGAUCUGGGAGGAGCAGACUUUUUGAAAGUCUAGGUUAAAUGGCCAAGACAGACAAAUGGAAUUAGGCCUUGGUGUGAAGACUUCCAUUUUCUUCUCAGUACCUGACCAUUUAUGAUGAGGCAGCUUAUGAAAGUGUGAUGUUUGCUUAUUUCCUCACAGGCCACAGUAAACACAAGUGAGAAGGAAACAUUUGUCAUGGAAGCCAGGGAGCUGGAGAGUCCCACACCAACCUACCAUCUCAUUCCCGAGGCCAGCCAGCCCAAGGAAGAUGUCAGCAUGCAACCUCAACAGACCGCAGAAACUAUGCAGCUAAAGAAGGAGAUCUCGCUGUUGAAUGGGGUCAGCCUGGUGGUGGGCAACAUGAUUGGCUCAGGAAUAUUUGUCUCACCCAAGGGCGUGCUGGUAUACACUGCCUCCUAUGGGUUGUCUCUGGUCGUAUGGGCCAUUGGUGGGCUUUUCUCCGUUGUUGGUGCCCUUUGCUAUGCAGAGCUGGGGACCACCAUCACCAAGUCUGGGGCCAGCUAUGCUUAUAUUCUAGAGGCCUUUGGGGGCUUCAUUGCCUUUAUCCGCCUGUGGGCCUCUUUGCUAAUUGUUGAGCCCACCAGUCAGGCCAUCAUUGCUAUCACCUUCGCCAACUACAUCAUCCAGCCCUCGUUCCCUACCUGUGAUCCCCCAUACCUGGCCUGCCGUCUCCUCGCUGCUGCGUGCAUAUGUCUGCUGACAUUUGUGAACUGUGCUUAUGUCAAGUGGGGCACACGUGUUCAGGACACGUUCACUUAUGCCAAGGUCCUAGCGCUCAUUGCCAUCAUUGUCAUGGGCCUCGUUAAACUGUGCCAGGGACACUCUGAGCACUUUCAGGACGCCUUUGAGGGUUCCUCCUGGGACAUGGGAGACCUCUCUCUUGCCCUCUACUCUGCCCUCUUCUCUUACUCAGGUUGGGACACCCUUAAUUUUGUAACAGAAGAAAUCAAAAACCCAGAAAGAAAUUUGCCCCUGGCCAUUGGGAUUUCUAUGCCAAUUGUGACGCUCAUCUACAUCCUGACCAAUGUGGCCUAUUACACAGUGCUGAGCAUUUCAGAUGUCCUUGACAGUGAUGCCGUGGCUGUGACAUUUGCUGACCAGACAUUUGGCAUGUUCAGCUGGACCAUUCCCAUUGCUGUUGCCUUGUCCUGCUUUGGGGGCCUCAAUGCAUCUAUCUUUGCUUCAUCAAGGUUGUUUUUCGUGGGCUCCCGUGAGGGCCACCUCCCGGAUGUUCUGUCCAUGAUCCACAUUGAACGUUUUACACCCAUCCCUGCUUUACUGUUCAAUUGUACCAUGACACUCAUCUACCUCACUGUGGAAGAUGUUUUCCUGCUCAUCAACUACUUCAGCUUCAGCUAUUGGUUCUUUGUGGGCCUGUCUGUUGCUGGACAGCUCUAUCUUCGCUGGAAGGAGCCCGAGCGACCCCGGCCUCUCAAGCUGAGCCUGUUUUUUCCCAUCGUGUUCUGCAUAUGCUCCUUGUUCCUGGUGAUUGUGCCUCUAUACAGUGACACCAUCAAUUCCCUCAUUGGCAUCGGGAUUGCCCUCUCUGGGAUUCCUGUCUACUUCGUGGGUGUUUACUUGCCUGAGUCCCAGAGGCCAGUCCUUAUUCGAAAUGUCCUGGGUGAGCUUUUUUGCCUGUUAUUCACAGUGUGUGUGUGUGUGUGUGUGUGUGUGUUGCACAGAUGCCUGUUAUUCACAGUGUGUGUGUGUGGUGCACAGAUGCAGGCAGAGGUGGGAGUGGUGGCUAACAGCUGCCCCUAUACUAGUGAUGUGCUAGAGACCAUGAGACCUGGUUGCUCCACAUGACUUCUUCCCUUUUAUCUUUUUUUUUUUUAAAGAUUUUAUUUAUUUAUUUGAGAGAGAGAGAAUGAGAGCACGAGAGGGAAGAGGGUCAGAGGGAGAAGCAGACUCCCUGCUGAGCAGGGAGCCCGAUGCGGGACUCGAUCCCGGGACUCCAGGAUCAUGACCUGAGCCACCCAGGCGCCCUUCCCUUUUGAUCUUGAGCACUUUAGUGCUAACUUUAGAGUCCUAUUUUGGGGUUAAAACACUCGCUUUUAAAAGUGUAAUCCAUGUGGAAGAUGAGUCAUGCAUUACUUUCUGGUUGGGCACAUAAUGAAGGACAGUGAGGCUUGCUGGUGGUAAGAGGCAAAGCCUGGUGCAGGAUACCCAGGGGACAGGUGGGAGGGAGCCACAGAUCUGCUUUAAUCAACUUUGGGGUGUUCAUAUUGAGGUUGUAGCUGUCAGCUUGCUGAAUUCUGUUCUCUAUUUUCAUUUAGCUGCUGUCACCAAAGUCACCCAGCAGCUUUGCUUUUGCGUCCUGACUGAGCUUGAUGUAGCUGAAGAAAAAAAGGUUGAGAGGAAAACGGACUAGAGGCCAGAGGUGAUCUCUCUUGAGGCCUGGAAGGCCAACCACAGCCACCAAAGUCCAGAUGACAAGACUACAGGCCCACCCCUCUUGUUCUAAAGGAGUGUGGUGGCCCACAUUGUAUAAGGGGGGCUCAGGGCUGAUGGCCUGCUCUGGUGGUCACUCUCAUUGGUAAGCUACGGGAGACUCAGGUUCCGAGGCAAGCCUGAAGAUGGGAACUUUAUAGAGGAUGGUGGUGGGGAGGGCUUCGUCAGGGUAAUAGUUUAGUUUUAUUCCUGGUGAGUAGGUACAGUUUACCAAACACUUGGCGAACUGCACUGGGAGAAGAGGGAGUGCUAGGUUAAUAGAUGUAGCUGGUGGUUCUGAAUUUGUUAUUUGAGGUUUGAAUCAGGAGCCUCUACAAAUGGGGCUGCUUUAUGGGAAGAUUUCCUGUGAUGGUCCAAGCACUGACUCUAGAGGCCUGAAAUCCUACCAUUUCUUCCUCUGACUCAAAAUCUUUCCCUGGGAAGACAGUUGUAUUUCAUUAUUUAUUGAUAUUUAAUCCAGGACACCAAUUCUAGCAGAGCAUUGGUGUUUAUUCAUCUACAGGAUGCAAAAAACUGAUUGUGUUUAAAAACUCAAAGUACCCCCAACCGAGUCCCUCUGCCCUUAGAGGUGUGUCUGUGUGGUGGGUCAGCCUCUGAUCACAGAGUUUUUUUUUUGCUUGGUUUUACGCACAAUUUUCUGUUGAGUCUUAGCUGCAAAGGUGAACUUUAAAGAUUUUUUUUUUUUACUCAUGUAUUGGUUACACUUUAGUUAGUAGGUCACAGAUUAUAAGCACCUGGCUCAAAUCAGCAAGGACGAAUGAACAAAUUCAUGAGUCAGAAGUCUGAUAAUACUGCUAUUCUGAAAGAUAAUCCCUUAUUUUACUUGAGACCUCAGGUCCUUAUUCUAGAUGAUAGAAGGUAUAUCUCUGGUUUCUGGUAUGAACUUUAGGAGGACAUAAACUGUUUUAGAAUUCAAGUGGAUUACCUGGAUUCUCUCAGCUGUUCAGUGGCUUAGAGAACAUCUCAUGGACUCAAGCCACCAAAUAGCUUGUUUCUGUCAGGGCUGGUGUGAGGAACUGCUGUGCAGACCCACGCAAGCCCACCUUGGUGCUAGAAGUGGUCAUUUCCGUUUUCCAAAAACCUCACACCAGACUGCAUCCUCCUCUUCUGUCCCCGACACUGGGCUUCGUUUACACUCUGAACUGUCUUGGUGUGGAUCAUCAGGAUAGUGCAUUCCCGUCCUGUCUGCCUCCCUUUGCUGGAGGUCUGGCGGGCCUGCAGUCUCAGGAAGAGCUUGGUACUUGUGUGGACUUCUAUUUUCUCCCUUUGGAGGUCAGAGAAGACUUUGGGGGACAAAGCUGCUUCAACCUCAAUCUGGCUCCUCAGCAGGCUGCAUGAUUGGAAGCAACUAAUUCUGGUGCUCAGGGUGUGCUUUAGCAUCCAAGUCAGGCCUAAUGGAUGUUCCCUGUGGGCAGCCAUGGUUGCAGUGGACUAUACAACUGUCCAGACUUCACCCAGGAACCCUUCUGUGGGAGGGCAUCCAGAGACUCCCUACUGUCAUCCUGGGUCCAGAGGAACCUGCUGACUUGGCUAACCCCAUGCCUGGACUUCUUAUCCUUUCGUUUUAGAACUGGUCAAUGGUAAAGACAAGAACUAUGAGGCAAUCUCCCUUUCUGAACAUUCUUUUCCAUCAAAUGGCCAGGGCAGUAACCUUGGCCAUACUUGUUCAAUAAAGACAAUUUAGGGGAGCAUGAUCACAGCUGCCUUCCGUUCAGGGCAUGCAUGGAUGAGAAAAUGAAGGGACAUUCUUACUGUCAUGGGUUGGGGAUUUGCACAGCAAAUUCCUUCCUGGCAACAGGGAGUCUUAUGCAAAGGCUGACUUGCCUGGAGUAUGUAAACAUGACUCCUGCCUGAGCCAAGAUGGCACCUAUCCCAGGGAUCCUCUGGAGCUAAUCCUUUAAGCAGAGUGUGCUUGUCUUAAGGAUACCUGACCCAGGUUUUAGCUUUCUCCACUGAAGCAAAUGACCAGCUAAUCCCAGGAACUUGCUGCCCCCAGUGGCUCCCGGGAGAAGCACGGGCCUCAUGCCUUAAGUGCCCCAGGACAAGCUUAGUGAGCCAUGUCGUCCUCCUCUCAUUACUGGAUGGCAACCACAUUCUUCCUCUCUGUGCUGGAUACAGACUUCACCCAGGAACCCUUCUGUGGGAGCGAAGCCAGAGGCUCCCUACAGCACUCAAGCUUCAUGGUGGAAUUAAAUUUCUGCAAGGUCUCUGUUGUUCGUCUCCUUCAGUCCUUCUCCUGGUGUGCUAAUCCCUUUUGCAGUAGGUACAGUAUGUGAGGUUGUCAGCCCUUUCGUGUUGGCAGACUUUAACGGUACAUAAACAGCAGUGAGCACAUUAUAAUGGCACGGAGUGGUUUCUAAUCCUUUGUUUCUAUGCCUACAGAAGACUAAGAGGACUACUGUUAGACAUGUAAGUCGCUGCCUGUCGCAACACUGAAUUGUACCUUUGUGGAGAGCUAGGAUGGUUUCACUGGUUUUCUUAACUGUAAGAGCCUGAGGAUGUGAACAUACAGAAUUUAACCACGUAGGCAGGUUUAACAUGUGGAUAAGAACUCAUGUAGGUGAAGACCUACAAAAUGAAUACAGAAUGAAAGAAAGGGUGGAGGCAGGAUGGAAAAAGAGAGAUAGGAAAUCUUAGAAGAUGUGGGAAGACCUAUCCCUGUGUACAUGAUAGUGAGUCUGUGCCACGUGCCAAGAAGGCACAUUUUGAACCAAAGAUUGUUUUCCUAGACCUGUGCUGUCCAGUAUAGUAACUACUAGCCACAGGUAGCUAAUUAAAAUAAAAAAUUUGAUUCCUCGGGUGCACUAAUCAUAUUUCAAGAGCUGAGCCACAUGUGGCUAGUGGCUACUACUAAACAUAUCCAUCUGCACAAAGUUCUGUGGGACAAUGUUACAUUAGAAGAAUAAAUGCCAACUCAGAGUUAAGACAUUUGUGGUAUGGAAAGAAGUAGGGUCAGGGUUUCCUUACAAGGAAUCUAAGUUCUGGUAACAGAAUUGGUCACUGUUUUUGGUGAGUGCUGUGAAUAGUUGACCUUUCUCAUUGGAAAGCUAUGUUUAGGAUAUGUUUUCCUUUUCCUCACCUGCCUAAAGUCCUUAGUGUCUAAGGUCAAUCCUGAAACUUCUGUCUCACUAACCCCCUCCCCCCAUCUUUGGUGGACGGUAGGGAGAGAGUGUGUACAGUGGGAAAACAUAUGUAAAGACACUGAGAUCUGGGGACGCCUGGGUGGUUCAGUUGGUUAAGCAAGUGCCUUUGGCUCAGGUCAUGAUCCUGGAGUGCUGAGACUGAGUCCCACAUUGGGCUCCCUGCUCGGCAGGGGGCCUGCUUCUC